UUUCUAUUUUACCUACCAUUUUAUCAAUUGAGAUAUUUUGUGAAAAAUGUAUACUGUACUUUUACGACUUUCAGUUUUUUAUUCAAUGUAUAAUUAAAUCACACGUAAACGUUUUCGAAAUUUCAAAUAUCAUUUCUUUUAUUUUACUAACAUUAAAAACUUUCUGCAAAACAAUAUCACUAUAAUUAGAUUAUUUAGAUAUUUGUCUGCAACUACCUAAGUGAGAGGUCAUAUACUAUCAUAAUAAUGUAAUAGAACGGAACGGAACAGAACAGAACAGAUAUUUUAUUUGAUAAACACAGAUUACAAAACAAACAUUCUGUAAUAAUAUGAGAACAAUUAUACAGAUAUAUAUAUAAAUACACAUAGAUGGACACGCCGGAUAAAAUAACAUCUCUUAAAAUAUAGGCGUUUCUGCAGACAUUGUUUCCCCUCCACGAUGCUGUUGCUGUUUGGAAAUGUGCUACUGUUUUGGUAUAAUCUCAUGUUGUUAACGGCUAUUUUAUCCGUUUAGAUACUUUAAAAAUUGUGUUAUAUACACCAUACAAUAUUACAGUAAUAUGGGUCAAUUGCAGGACAUCCAAAAUUGACGGCAAAAAUAAUUAAUACAUUAUGUAAAUUUCUACAUAAUUUAAUUCAGUGACAUGUUAUAAAUUUUGUCUACGUUAUUUAAGCUACUUUCGAGGAAAAUGUCAACACCGAAAAUAAUUAUAGAAGUCCUUGAAUGAUUCAGGCUACAAAAAUGAAAGGACACAAGUGAAGUAUAGAAAACUAUGAUUCUUGAGCGAGCCCAUGUUCACGUCAAUCCAGCUUAUCAAACAUGUUGACGCUAUAUAUAACACUAUGUUUGAUUUUCUUCCUUAAUCGAGCCAUUGAAGCGCAGACAUGCAAGUCGGACUAUCCGGUUGCAUACAUGUGCCAAAGCAGCACAGUGCAAGGACCAGGUGUCAGACUCGACGUUUCGACCGCAGCAACAUCCGGUUACAACAGCUGCACGUGCAGGGUGACUUCAAACACAACAGGAUUUACAGUAGAUUUUGAGGACAACCCUAACGCUACUGACUGUGGGGCUCAACUUGAUUUAUCAUUCGACGACUUAGGUAUUCAGCUCAAAUGCGGGGUUCCGGCUCAGGGGCAGACUACAACAGGGAUUUCGGCCAAUGUCACUUUUACUAGGGAUCCAGAUGUUACAAACAUAGAUUCGGGUUAUUGCCUGUCUUUCCAUGCAAAUAGAUCCGACAUAGAGCUGACGUUAACAUGUGUGGUCAAUGACAAAACAAGCUCAAGUAGUUCACCUGUUACAACAACGUCACCAAUACACACCAGUGUUCAGACUUCAAGUAGUGACACAUCCAUAACCAUUUCUUCAUCGGAUUCGACUGGGAUUACAACAGGUUCAACCAAAAUAGUUGAGACUUCUACAUCUUUGACAACUUCUGACACACCAACAACUGUUCAAACAUCUACUUCUCAAGUUUCAUCGACAUUUUCAGAUAUUUCAACAACAACCUUUUCUCUAACUUCAACAACACAAGCAAUGUCUACAACUAUACAAAUUUCAAAUGAUACAACACCAUCCUCAGUCACCGUUAAUACAACUUUAUCACUUAACAGCAAUACUGAAAGUGCGUUUACUACAGCACACAACAACGCAACCCAAGUCGCUUCAACUACAUUAAAUCCAGCGGAACAUACAACGGAAACAAGUACAGAAUCAACUCAAAUGUCAACUUCUACUAAUAAUGUAGAUCUAACAGACCCAGUAACAACAACAAACAAUGACUUCACAUCGACAAAACACAAAAAUGUUACAACAGUAUCUAUAUUGAACAACACAUCGACAACAAGUACACCAAAUACAACCUCGACUCUUCUUCCAGAUGUUUCUUCAUCCGGUGCUACAAAGUAUACAGGUUUUGAAAAUAGCACAACAACACCCAUAAACAGUACAGUGUCACCUACACAGGGAAAUGACACUUUUGCAACGUCUACAACAGUAUCUAUGACAGAAGCAUCAAGUGACAAUACAACCACUUCAGCAUAUAACACAACAACAGUAUCGCCUAACAUUACAACUCUUGUACCAAAACAAUCAACCGAUGAUAAUUCAAACAUCACUUCAACAAACAAAACAUACACAACAGGCCACACAAAUACCCCUACAACAGAAGCGUAUAGAAACAGUACGAUAGAAACAAACACGACCGAUUUUGUGAAUACAACUUAUGCACCGAACGUUACGCAGACAACAGAACAGACAAAUACUACAACAGGUGCUUACAGUAACCACACAGUGGAAACAAACACAACUGAUUUCGUGAAUACAACUAAUGCACCGAACGUUACACAGACAACAGAAAAGAUAAAUUCCACAACAACAGAAGCUUUUAGUAACCAUACUAUGGGAUCUAAUUCAACUGAUUCAGUGAAUACUACAUCUGGACCGAAUCUGACUACAGAACAGACAAACACUACAACAACAGAAACUUUCAGUACCCACACCAUGGAAACAAAUACGACUUAUUUGCUGAAUACAACAAAUGCACCGAACGUUACGCAGACAACAGGACAGACAAACAUUACAACAACAGAAGCAUAUAGGAACCACACGAUAGAAACAAACACAACCGAUUCAGUGAAUACAACAGCUGACCCGAUGCAGACAACGGAACAGACAAAUGUAACAACAACAACAACAGAAUUUUAUAAUGAAACCGUUAUUAGUAACACAACCAUUGACACUAAUGAUACAAUGAGUACCAAUGCAACUGCUAAACCAGAGAAAACGACAAAGGGAUUUUGGGAGCCGCCAUAUCAGGAUUAUGAUGUUCCUUCGAGAUCAAAAAAUAUUAUAACAAUACUUGUACCUGUCGCUGGGGUGUUGCUGCUAGUCUUUAUAGCUGUUGUCGUCUAUAUCAUGUGUAAAAGAUCGAGAGAUGCUAAAAGGAAGACAAGGGUUCCAAAUAGCAAGAACAAAGCCAACAGAAACGCUAAUGUAGCAAGAAGAGGGAAUAUGGAACAGAAUAAAAGCGAAAACAAUGAAAAACCUGAAAAUCCUGCGGAUAUAUUCACCACUCAAAGCAUUGGAAAAUAUCCGGCAAAGUAUAAAACUAAAAACGAGACUAAAGAAACCAAUAAGAACAAUUUGAUAAGUAAUAAAGAAGAAGAAAACAUUCUUAGAGAAAAAUUCAAUAAUACGCUAAAUGGGAGCACCUUAUCCGAUACUACACAACCAAAGCAUUAUGAACCUUCUGAAAGAGAAAAGGACCUCAUGGGUCACCUUGAACUUUCAUCAAUUGUAAUAGAAAGCGACCCAAAUGAUCCAAAUAGAUAUUUCAAGAAAAAUGACCCUGGUGAUUGGUACAGGGUUAUUAUGAAGGGUAAGAAACCACGUGACUCAAAUACAACAGAUGAUAAAAGAAUUAAAUCAAGGAAACAGAAAAGUAAGAGCAGUAGUAGUGAAAACGAAUCAGGAGAAUCAAAACAUAGACGAAAGAAACGUAGGGAAAGAAAUGACAGAGCUCAAAGUGACUUUGGUUUAGGUGAUUCCAGAAACAGAAAGACAAACAACAGACAUUCAAGUUCGGACAGUUUUGAUAGAACGUUAAGUGAAGAUGAAACUGGAAUGAUGGCAUCGAUGAACUCAAGCCAGCCAAGACAGGUCGUUAGUAAACCUGACGAUAAAAAGGAAACGAUGCACAAUGAACCGCACCUUACAAAUCAGCCGAGGCAAGUAUUCAGUUCACCAGCAAAUGUAACAGAAAUUAACGCAGAACCUGUUAAAACGAGAAUGGUUGUCAGUAAGCCAAGCAAUAUAACAAUGCCCUCACCACAACCAUGGAAUAAUUCUAAAGGUACCGUUAUGCAGGUAAACAACAGACCCGGGGACCAGGUAAAAGGCAACCAUUUGAACAGAGAAACUUCUACAUCAUCUUCUUCUAGCGACACAUUCUCAAACACAAAUCCACAGAGAAACACUCCAUUACGCUCAAGUCAAACAAGAAAUAAUUUGUUUGGCUCUGGCUCAAAACUGAAUUCUCAAAAUGCCUCUAAAGAAAACGAAGGGGACACAAAACUGGAGGUUAAACGUCCAGACAUUGUGCCACCAUUAAAUUUAACUAAUACGGGUGACAAAGUUGGGAGAACAGAGGAUGGAUUCGAGGAAUUUCUUCUAAGUGAGUGUUAGCGUGUUAGGUGAUUUUCUGAGCAAGUAUAAAUAUCUAUUUAUCUAAUAUUUUAUGUCUGACACGUGUAUCUUGUGAUAAAGUUACAUGUGACAAUCUCAGCGAAUGUUGACAAUUGAAAGCCGCGGUUGAUCCGAAAGAUCAUUUGCAAUUAGUGUUGGGUCUUUUUGUUCAGGGUUCUACUUUAUCAAGGCACAAGACUAGUUUCUUUGAAUGUAACAGGAUGUAAUGUCAUGAAUACUGAAUUAAAAAGAAAAAGAACAGCCUACAGUAACUGAUAUAGCACUUAGUACUGUGUAACAAUGAAAAUGGAAGAGACAAAUGUAAAUAGAUUUUUUUUUCAUUUGGUGUUCCACGGAAUACAUUCCUUUGCCUUCGCUUCAUGCAUUGAAGAAUAAAUUGAUAGCUGAAAAUACAUGGAUUGGAGCUUUUAGUGUGCAUGUAGACAAAAGAAGUUGUUGUUAAACACAUGUGUUGAUCAAAUUCAGUUAAGAUAACAUGUACAUGUAAUCUAUACUUUUUGACAUACCGACCAUAUUAUGUAAAUUAUUGUUCUCACUAUUUUCUUUUUUUUUUCUAUGCUAUAACGCUAUUUUGAUAACGACUACUCGAGUUUCUAUAAUGACAACUGUAUUUAACUGCCUGAAAUAAUUUGACUACUGCGGAAUAUUUACCUUUUAUUUUAUUUAUUUAUUAAUUUCCUGUGAUUGUUUUCUUUUAUGGUACAUGUUUUUUUCUGUACGUUACUAAUUCUAGUAUUAUUGCUUGUGUUCAGCAGAAUGAACCAGUACGUGAUUCACUGGGUAAAUGAUUGGACCAGUAUGUGACCGAACCCGUAUAUGGGUGGACCAUUGUGAUUGGACCAUUAUGUGAUUGAACCCGUAUAUGGGUGAACCAUUGUGAUUUGAACCAUUAUGUGAUUGAACCACUGUGAUUCUCUAAUCUCUAUUCCGUCCAGUUCUUCUUGUUGGUGCUAUACUUGUAAAUAAGAUGAUGUCUAUUUAUAAAAUAAAUUCUAUUUACACAAGACUGA